CACACACACGUCGGCGUCGGCGCGAGCGCAAGUCAUCGGUCGUGUUCGGGUAUUUUUUUCUCUCUAAUCUAUUAUCAUUUCUUCGUCUUCGUCUUCUUCUACCACUUCUCCCCUCCUCCCCAUCCCGUCCACCCCGCGCCCACCGCCGUCGUCACACGUCCUUUUAGUUCCUUGACCGGCCGUUCAGUGUCGUCCCUGUGCGCCGCCGCAGCAGUUUUUCGUCCGCAUUAUCUAUCGAUAUUUAUAUUUAUCUAUCCACUAUCAGUCGUCUGUGCGCGCGCUCACGUGCGUGUGUGUGUGUGUGUGUGUGUGUGUGUGUAUUUUUUCCCGGGCUUUUAAAACCGGGCCAUUAUAAAUACGGGGUGCACGCGCUCAACAGCAUUCAGUAUUCGAUCGGCUUUUCGUCCGAGACGACACUGUGCACUCUGCUCUUCCGUCGCACACGACGCUUACGCACGGCGCUCCGGAUUCCCGCGGACGUAUUAGUUUUGUUUUUUUUUUUUGUUAUUUAUUUAUUUUUGAAUAAUAAAAAAAAAAUUUAAUUUUUUCGCCGCCUACGCUGUCCGAUAAAACGAUACCGUAUUUCGAGUCGAAUAGUUUCGUUUAAAUUUUUCGAAAAUUUUCUCUCACGAUGGGUUUGGAUCCGACCGGACUUUACUGAAAAAAUAAUAAUAAUAAAAAAAACCCGAUCCAACAUCCGUAUCGAUCAUCGCAAUCGCCGAUCGCUACUUUACCGCAAAAACACGCCAAAAAAAAAAAAAAACAACAACAAAUUUUCAAUCACUUUCGUCAAUCCGACAACAAAAACAACAAUCAGAAAAAAAAUCGUCAAAAUGUGCGGAGGAGGACCGAAACUCGACCCAACUGGCCUCUACUGACCAGAUCGCGACCGGAUGCUAAUCAUCGUCGUCGGCACACGCAAACAAACCAACACACUCCGAAACAAUGCAUAAAUCAGGUAAGAGUCGCGGUUUAUUUAUUAUUUUUUUUCUACCUAUCCGUCGUUAUUAUUGACCUUAGGCGGUGGUAGGCGUAAAUUUUCCGGCGAUUUUUUCCGUCUCGUUUUCGACUGGCCGUGUACCUAUUUCGAAUUUUCGCGAUUUCAAAAACCGUAUCUCGGAAAAUUUACACGGCGAUUUUCGUUUUUAUCCCGAAAUGCUGUCUGUGACGCGUAGACGCCGAGGAUAUCCCGAAGGUCGCGCCGGUUCCUGCGGAGUAGGUUAAUAAUAUCCAACGACCGGAAAGCGGCGUACAUAAUAGCAAUAAUAUAUAGUAGGGUUCCUUAACCUGUCGCGGUAAAUCGCAAUCGAAACGAAACAAAAAAAAACUAUACAAAUCUCGCGUCGAGCUGCCAGCAAUUUACUAUACCUCGCGCGGAUAUUUAGGUGUGCGUUCGACGAGCCGCGCUGCAGGAAGUCUGUGGGCUGACGAAUAAAUAAUGGGCCGAAGUGGGCGGGAAACGAAAAAAAGUCUAAUAUUAAAAAAAAAAAAACCAUUUAUGUCGUUUUCCGAGCCCGAAAAAAUAUUUUAUAAACAUUGUGUUUUUUUUUUUUUUAUAUAUCGAUUUACGACGACGAGAUUUUUCCGCGAUCCGAAAAAUUGUUUUCCGCGUGAUAUUCAUAAUUACCGACCCGAACACUCUCCGCGCGUGUUUUUUUUUUUUUUUUUUUUCCCCAUAAAGACAAUCCACUGACUAACAUUCGGUUUUUUUUUUCUACGCAGGUUUACGAAAAAACGCUCUUUCCGAGAUCGUCGCGAUGGCCCCGAAAGCCAUCGGCACCUUCUAUCGCGGCACCAUCAUCAGGCAUCCGUAUUGGCCUCAGACGACGGUCCGCUGGAGACUACGAGAUUUCAAUAUUUUCCAACACUAGGCGCGAUCAAAUAUAUUAUUCCGUUCAAUUUCCUCAGCAUCAUCAUCAUCAUCAUCUCUAAAGACUAAACCUACCGACGACGACGACGACGAGGAGGAGGAUGAACGAUUACGUAUUAUUGUAGUGCCCGGCAUUAUUAUUAUUAUUAUUAUUAUUAUUAUUAUUUUUUUUUUUUUUAUUAUUAUUAUUCGACUAUUUAGAAUCUCAAAAUAAGUAGUCGAACGAUACAAAUUUGUUAAAUUUUUUCUGUUUUUUUUUUUUUUUUCAUUUUCUAAGAUUUUUCAUUUUCCUCCUCGCUACCUUUUCUCUAUACGUAUAUAAUACUCGUAUUUAUAUAUACCUAUCU